GAAAUAUUAACUCUUAACAGGCGGCGCCACUAAUAGCAUGGAAGUUAGUAACAAUCAAGAUGGCUGCUACCAACUCGAAUCUAUCCAGUGAUAGUCCAACCAAGAAAGAAGACGAAUUCAAUGAAUUUUAUUCCGAAGUGAAAGAAAUAGAAAAAAGAGAUUCGGUGUUAACUCCCAAGCAACAAAUCGAUAGACUACUUCGGCCAGGAUCGUCGUAUUUUAAUUUAAAUCCUUUCGAAGUGUUACAAAUUGAUCCAUCCACGUCUAUAGAUGAAAUCAAGAAAAAAUAUCGACGCAUGUCAAUUCUCGUGCAUCCUGAUAAAAACCAAGAUGAUGCAGAACGUGCGCAGCAAGCAUUUGAAAUUGUUAAUAAAGCAUGGAAAACACUGGAAAAUGAAGAAACCAGGGCUAAAUGCAUGGAUGUUAUAGAAGAAGCAAAAGCUAGAACUGAUCAUAUGAUUGUAGAGAAGAAGAAGAAAUUGAAGAAAGAAGGAAAAACAGAAAGUGCAAAUGUUCUCGAAGAAGAAACAGAAGAAGGUUAUAGACAUGCGGUUUGGGUUAUGACAAUGAAACUGUUUGCUGAUAUGGAGAGAAGAAGACGAGAAUUAGCAACUAGAGAUGCAGAGCAACGUAAAAGGAAACGAGAAGAAGAACUGUCUGCAGAGGCACAAGCUGCAUUAGAACUUUGAUCCUUAAGAAAUUUCCUCUUUACGCCAACCAGUGCAAUCGAUCGACUUGCGAUUGAUGACUUGGAGAGUGAAAUUCCUCCUUCGGAAGAACAAUGACUCGCAGUAUGGUGAUAGAAGUGAACGAAAUCAAAACCGAAGAAAAACAGAACAGCAUCGAACAUCUUCAGUUAUCAUGUAAUUGCCAAAUUUUUUUUCAUACCAACUUUAAUAUAAAUUUGUUUGAAAUUAA